UAUUAUUGCCAUUAUUGGAGUUUAGUCUUGUGCGUUGUGUAGUUGUAGUGAAAUUCAUUUAAAAAAUAUUUUGUUGUUACUGUAAUACGCACUAGCAGUAGAUCCACACCACGGAUAAUAUAAUAUAAUAUAAUUAUAAUUCAUUAUAUUAUCCGCGGGUCCACAGUAGGUUGCUUAUCUUAUCAGAUUAUAAGGAAAUCAGGAACUAAAAUUAUAAGAGGUUCUAAACAAUGGCCACCAGCAAAAACAGUAAAUUCAAAACGUAAGCAAUUAUCUGAACUUUGUUCAACCAAGUCAAUGUCAAAAGUAAAACAUAUUAUCCCUCCAAACUUUGUAGACAAUUUAUUUAAGCAAACAAGAUUUACAAAGAAAGAAAUUGUUGGAUUAUGCAAACUAUUUAAAAAACUCGUUGCUAUUUAUGGUGCUGAAUCAACGUCUUCGGUAGCGGCAAUGAGUUCAGUUGCUUUAAUAACGAUUCCAACGCAGGGCUUCGACCGGUUAAUGUUCAGAGAAUUCUUGCAAAAUGAAUUCGAAAUUACAACUGAGGAAAUCUUGACAGAUCGCAUAUUUUGUUUUUUUGAUCAACGAAAUGACGGCGUCAUACACGAAGACGAAUGGAUAACUGGGUUGUCGGUGUUGCUAAAAGGCACUCAAGACGAACGGAUUAAAUACACAUUCACUAUAUACGACCUAAAUAACGAUGGAUUUAUAACGAAAGAAGAGAUUUUUAGUCUGUUAAGGAACUGUUUGGUCAAACAUCCACAGGACGAGGAUCCAGAUGAAGGAGUACGCGAACUUGUUGACAUUGUAUUGCGAAAAAUGGAUUGUGACAACGAUACAAAACUUUCGUUUGAAGAUUUUUCUAAGUCUGUCUUCAAACAACCAUUAUUGCUUGAAGCUUUUGGACAAUGUUUACCAUCCAGAGAAAUUUCAGAGAACUUUUUAAAUUCUAUUCAUAGUGUGCAGUAAAUAUUUGAUAUGAUGGUUUCAACAAGUAACCAACAAGAACUAUUUAAUUAUUUAGAAAACUUGUUUAGCUGUACACUAUUAUUAUCAAAUAUUUUUUAUAUUAUAAUCAAAACAAUCUUAUUAGUUAUUAAUAGUUAACAUAGAUCAAGUUAUAUAAAAUUAUUAAAAUCUAUUCAAGUAGACGAUAAAACUGCAUCAUAUAAGAUAACGUACAUUUUUUUCCAAGUGAUCAAAAUAUGUUUUAUACAUUUUUAGUCUCAGCCUUUAAGGAAAAGAAAUAUGUUUUCCUAGAAAAAACUUUACAUAAAAACUAAGAGAUCAUAUUCCUAUU